CACAGGACGAAUGCAAGCAGAUAGUGAAUCUAGCUGCCGUGGCUAAGGAGGUGGCGGAAUUGGCGAGGUCUGAUGGACUAGACUGCGUAAAUCUGAACAUAAACAUGUUCGUCGAUUCUGGGCACGGAAGAUUAGUCGGGUAUUUGACGUUGGUUGAUAUGGAUAUGGUUCGUUCUUCCUUUGAGUCAGUUCUUUCUUUGCUAGGUUUUGUAGUCUCAGGAACGAGUAUGAGCCAGACCGAGUAUGCCUCAACCAUGAGAAAAACAAGUCAUCAUCAAAAAUAUCAUCCUCUAGAUCUAAAUUUUCUAGUUCUAUUAAUUCUAACUUCGAACUCAAAGAACUAGAACUCCCGUCGUCCUUACAAACCUCCAAAAACUUGAACAGGUACACGGAAAGUGAGCUUGUGGAAUU